CUUAUUAUUUUUAAUCAUUAUGGAAUCGUUUCAUAUAUUAAUAAUAAAAUAUUUUCUCAUUUCGACAUGUGCACUUUAUAAAGACACACUGUAUUCAAGAACAUGUCUAUCAAAUGCAGAGAAGUGGUGGGCGAAACGAAACAGCUGGGCCAGUUAAUCAAAAGCUCAGCGAAAUCAAUUUAGGUUGUAGUAAUAUACUAUUGUAAUUUAUCACACGACCAUUUCUGUCGAGGACUUCAUUAAGUUUUCAGUAACCGUAAAAAACACCGUAAACCAUAUUCUCCUUUUUUAAAUAUUCCAAUUUUACAUUUCAAUGUUUGGCCCACCACUGAUUAUUGUUACUACUGCAUCUUAUGAAUAAAAUUCAAUUCGGGUCGUGCUUAGGCGCUAAAUUCUAUUGUAAACUUGUUGAAAGCGCAUUGUGGAGAAUGCUUCAGACGGGGAUGCAACUGAUGAUACGACUUUAUCUGUAUAUUCGCGAUAGAAUUACAUAGUAGUAAAAAAAGUAAAUUUUAGGGUACGUCUUUAACAAACCGGGGGUUACAAAUAAACAGUAGAUAAUAAUUAUUUUUCAAAGCUUAUAGGAGAUACAAAUGGUACAAAUUUUUAAUUUAUAUCAUGAUAACAUUCUCCAUACUCUUAUAGAAAAAACAAGUGCAUAGACUGAUUAGUCAAUGCACCCGUUGCAUAGACAAAGAUGCAGUAGUAAAUUAAUAAUGUAAGGUUGUUAAUUAGAUUUAAAUUUAAUUGCUUACCCGGAACCGAAAUGAUGAAUGUACCCCAUGUCCCUGUUCUGAAUAGAAAUAUUCGAUGGAACCUAAGUGUCUAGAUGAAAGAACUACUAAUUGUAUGUUAGUGGCGAUGUCUCUUAAUGGAUAGUUUUUAAGUAUUUUCUACUUAAGGCAAGUAACCUUAGAUUGGGCAGCUUUUAAUAAAUCUUUCAUCUAGACAAUUAAGUCGGUGUAGCGUUUAGCAAUGAAAUAUUAAUGCAGUAUAAAUCGUGCUUCAUACGUGUGUGGAACAUACAGCGACGUCUCUAUGAACUACUUUUCUCUAGUCGAGUACAUGCAUAAUACCAGAAUGUAGUUUAGACUAGCAAUAAUAUGUAGGCACUAGCACAUUAAGCUAUCAUUAUCUAUCAAAUUACAAAUAUCUCCUGUGUGUCCUGUAAGUAAUGGCAUCCGGAGCCAAGACGUGGGCACUGCCAAUACUGUCACCAAUUCAAGGCCACAUAGCGAACUUUGGAGUGGACAUAACUCGGAGUUAUCUGAAGGAUCAAAUACGAAACGAGGUGAUCCGACAGAGCGUCAAAGUUGUACCCAAAGGAUUAUCAGGCUAAAAUGGUAGUAGGCCGGUCACAUUUGUCGAAAAACUGAUGAAUAAAUGUUUACCCAAAAGUACGUGUUCUGGAGUGAACACUUCAUACGAGCAAACGCAGGGAGUGUAUAGGACGUCCUUCAGUAAGUGAAGUGAGGAGAUUCGCAAAUUGGCUGGUAGUGGUUGAAUGCGAAGACCACAAUAUCGAACUCAGUGCAGUGCUAUUGGAGGCAGGCUAUCCAGUAGUGGGUCAGAAACGGACGACGAUAAAAGGAAUUUGAUAGAUCCAGCUAGCUUAAUGUACCGUCUCCAGAACAUUAUAUCUGUACCUAAACAUAGUCACUAAUGGCAUUGAACAAAAUAUAGAAAAAUUAUACUUGUAUAGUUCACAAGUUGAACGACUAAAGAUUGGUAGUCUAAACCAAGCUUAAAAUGACUAAUGUAUGAAUGUGAAAUGUUUGUAAUAUAUCGUUUCGUGGUUAUAUUAAUUACGUUAAAUGGCUUACUCGUGUAGCUCAGGUAAGUCGACGAGUUUGCAAGCGUCGCGCAGCCACGACAUACGCUGGGUCGCGCGUCUUUUGGCACGCAUGCUGCUCAUAACCAUGACAUGCAUGAUCGACCGGUCGAGUUCAUCUCGUCGAAUAGUCUCAGCAAUAAACCAAAUAACCUAAUUAAUUUCAUUACUGUGAUCUUUAUGUUUUUAUCUACGUGCAUAUGCUACCAACAGGCAUUACAGUGCUCAAGAAUGAACAAAUAUUGAUAUAAAUACAACAUACACAUGUUGUACCCACAUUUUAUCUUUUAAACUAUUUUACAUAUUAUAAAUUAUUAUAAAUAGAUUUGUUCGAAAUGCUACAUUUUAUAGUACGGGCUGAUAUCUGUCUUUUUAUGGAAUAGAGCAUUUAGUGUUUGGAUACAAUCUAGAAAAGAGGUACUAAACUAGAUUUACUUUAGGAGUAAGGGUAUAGGUCAAAUCUGUGUCACGAUUUGAAGACAAACUAGACCCCAUGACCGUAUAUAAUCAGCAUACCGACCAACCGACUUCCGAAAAUGAGGUUCAUUACGCCGGCGUAUGUGGACGAUUUUGGUGACUUUUUUUUCUUACAUUGGCAUUGUUGGCAUUCAGAACAACGUGCUCGUGCCGGUUUGGAUGUAGUUUUAAAAAGUUAUGUAAGAGCAAUAUUCUUUUUUUUAAAAUGACCAACUUCUCAAACAUUUUCUAACAUUGAUAUUCACUUUUUUAUAUAAUUCGUGACCCCGUGUCGCUAAGUCGAAAAUGUUCUAACAUGGAUAUUCACUUCUUUAUAUUGUUGUUCGCACCAUAUCGCUAAGUCGAAAAUUUUCAAUCAUGGAUAUUCACUUCUUUAUGUUAUUGUCCACACCGUGUCGCUAAGUCGAAAAUGUUCUAACAUGGAUAUUCACUUCUUUAUAUUGUUGACCCCGUGUCGCUAAGUCAAAAAUUUGUUUAGUCAAUUAUCAAUCCUAUAGUUUUGUAAUAAAGAUUACUUCUGACUUAACCAAUUUCUGUCCUUAAAACCGCAUACAUAUUUGUUGAAACUUUCAGCCUAGUACAAGCCAAUUGGCAUCUAAGUGACAGUCGUUCGCGCGAUUAAGAACUCAAUGCUUGACUUGCUUCCGAUUCUACCGGUAGAUAGUUGCUUUUAAGUGCUAAAUUGGCUCAUGGCACUGAUCGACAGUCGUGACUAAGAAGUUCAGCAGUGCUAGCCAAAUGCCACCCGCUCCGUGUCUACUCUCUUUCUACAAACGCAAGCGCCUUAGCGACAUCGCUAACAAUUUGGUAGCCAAAUGCACAAGCGCUGACGGGUCGCUAACUCUAUUCGCUUCGCGUUAAAAAUCAAGUUUUUACUCUAUGGUUGCGAUUUUCGUCGCGUCAUUUUGACAUACCAUUUGUGAUUCGCGGUAAAUUUAAGAAACAUUGGUAAGUAUUUACCUACAUAUUAUUUUCAUAAAAUUUUAUAAAUAUAAUGAUUGAUUGCCUUUAUUCUCGGGACCACGGGAUGCUGGGCCUUUGGAAGGCGUUCGAGGCUGAAGCCAAUAGUUAUAUUACAAAUAUUUACGAUUGAAUUAUCCAUAGAAUUCAGAGCUCGAACGAGUGAAUUCUUAAUUAAUUUAUGGAGAUGAGUUCAUAACAUUCUUUCAAUUUCUAUUUUAGUAAUGCAAGCAAGGCAGAGGUCAAGCUUUGAACAGCUUUCUGUGCUGAUUCAGUUUAUGGAAAGCCAUGGGGACCUGUCAAAGCCGCGUCCAGGGCCUCAAGGCCGAAUAAAUAGUGAGCAACUCUGGCUGGAGCUUACCAAUAUUUUAAAUUCCAUGGGUGGUGGUGUCCAGAAAACAGCAGAUAAAUGGAAGAAAGUCUGGACAGACUGGAAAACAAAAACAAAAAAGAAAUAUUUGCAUAUAAGGCAGCAAAGCAGUGGCACAGGUGGUGGUCCAAACACACACAUUCAAUUAACUGCCAUAGAAGAAAGGGUGAUGGCAGUUAUUGGAGUGUCUGCUGUAGUUGGUUUGGCUGGCAUCCAGGAGCAAGGAUUUAAUGUUCCAAAUUUUAAUGAACAGCCACCGGAACCGAUGCAUUUUGCUGAAAUGUUGGAGAACCAAAGCAGCCAGAAUACAGAUCCAAUAUUCGAUGGACGUACGUCACCACUGCCACUGCCGUCGCUGUUAUCACCCCAGCGACCGCCAGAACCGCUGCAACCACCACUACCACAGCAACCCCCGCAACAACGACUGUCGCAACCCCCUACUCCGCCAGCGCGUAACGGCAGACGGCAACCGUCGACCUCUCCACGCUCUACAAUGAGCGCUAAUAGGUUUGCUCGCCGAACUAAGAGGAGAAUGACUCCCUUUGAACGGGCGGCAGAGCAGUUUAGUGCUGUAGAGCGUAGGCGUCUUACUUUUGAAGAAGAGCGAGACAGGCGCCUACACGAAAGAGAGAUGGAGAGGCUGCGACUAGAAGCCGAAAAAAUAAAAAUUGCUGAACGGCAAACGGCGAUACUGGAAGGCUUGAGAGUUCUUGGAGAACGGCUCAUUGGCGUACUGUCUGAGCAGCGGCCGGCCAACUUAUAAUUUUUAUUAUGCAAUUAUAUACGUAUACAAAAGGUGUAGAUUUAAAACCAUGCCACUACUCGAAAGCAUGUCACAGAAGUCAUAAAUGUUCAAUUUAAGAAACGGUUUCUGGGCAAUAGUUAAAAAUACUGCUAUAAUAAAUCGUAUUAUUCAGAAUAAGCGACGAAUCACCCGACAUGUCAAUGUAUCAGCUGAUUCAUAAUUCGUAAUACCUACUAAAUGCGUACGUAUCUUGCUGAAUAGGUACAAAUAAUUUAAAACUUAGUAAUGGGUCUGUAGGUAUCCUUAGAGACGGAAUGUAAACUAUGUGAAGUAAAUAACUUACAUAUCUACCUGUGUCACUCGGAGAUUUCGUUCGAAAUUUUCAUCUUCGCAAUCUACCUAUGCACAGUAACAGUUAUGCAACACGUCAUUAAUUAUACUAGUCAACACUGUGACACUUGUUUUAAUGUGUUUUAAGCACUGAUCACUUGCAGUCUCUGGGUAACAGUCAAACGCAUGACUUUCAUGUCAUGUCUGUGUUGGGAGUUUAGGUACGAUGCGAAUACCUCGAUAGUUUGUUUUCAUUGCAACUGAUGGCAUAAAUGUUAUCAUUAUUACAUAAACACUGAACUUAGAACUUUGAUAAUAAUAAAUUAGUGACGUUAUUGUAAGUUUAAGGUCAUGCGAAAUAAUUUCGCAAUCGACUACCCCCGGCAGCGCCAAAGCACAAACUGAAUGCGUGUUUGCGUGUGCGCCGUAGGGCCCGUAGGGGUGAGAGUGCUAGGGGGUGGAGCGUUCGCGUUUCUUAUUGGAAUUUUUGGGAAUUAGUAAUAAUAUCUUAAUAUCAAUUACGUGUUUGAGUGUGUGUGUGUUGAACCGCGUUAUUAAGCUAGUUACAUGACGGUCACGUGAAAUCCGGCGUAGUUAGCACUUACGGAUAUCCGUAAUUUACAAUAAAAAUAAUUACCUACAACUUUUUUAUUCCUUCAGACUUAGAAUCGAUAGCCGAAGUUACCUUCUAGAAAAGGUUUUUUCCCGAACAACCCUUGUAUACACGUUUCCCCGUUGUACCUUGCGUGCUUUUGCCAUUUUUUUACUAACUUUAUCUAUACCUACAUAUUAUUAAAUUAUUUUGAAAUAAAACUGCUUUUUCUUUC